UGGGGCCUCGUCGCAGCUGAGAGAGAAAUAAAGAGCGCGCGAAGUGAGAGACCGGCCGGUCAAUUGAGCGGUCGGAGAGCGAGGCGGCGGUCACCGACUCCGUUUCUCUAUUUUCUCCUUUCAUUCCUAGCGUUACCUCGUUGCCACAAUGGAACUCAUUACUAUCUUGGAGAAGACAGUCUCGCCAGACUGCACCGAGCUUGAAGCGGCUCAGAAGUUCCUGGAACAGGCAGCCAUCGAGAACCUGCCUACUUUCCUUGUAGAACUGUCCAGAGUGCUGGCAAACCCAGGAAACAGCCAAGUUGCAAGAGUUGCAGCUGGUUUGCAGAUCAAAAACUCUCUGACAUCUAAAGAUCCUGAUGUAAAGACCCAACACCAACAGAGGUGGCUUGCAAUUGAUGCCAAUGCUCGCAGAGAAGUAAAAAAUUAUGUUUUGCAAACCUUGGGUACAGAAACGUACAGGCCCAGCUCAGCAUCACAGUGUGUUGCUGGCAUCGCCUGUGCAGAGAUCCCCAUGAAUCAGUGGCCUGAACUUAUUCCUCAGCUAGUAGCCAAUGUUACAAAUCAACACAGCACAGAGCAUAUGAAAGAAUCGACAUUGGAAGCCAUUGGCUAUAUUUGUCAGGAUAUUGACCCAGAACAGCUUCAGGAUAAAUCAAAUGAAAUUUUGACUGCCAUUAUCCAGGGCAUGAGGAAAGAAGAGCCAAGUAAUAAUGUGAAAUUAGCGGCUACAAAUGCACUCUUGAACUCUUUGGAAUUUACCAAAGCAAACUUUGACAAAGAGUCUGAAAGGCACUUUAUCAUGCAAGUAGUCUGUGAAGCGACACAGUGUCCUGAUACUAGGGUGCGAGUAGCUGCCUUACAGAACUUGGUGAAGAUUAUGUCCCUUUAUUAUCAAUACAUGGAAACUUAUAUGGGUCCUGCACUUUUUGCUAUCACAAUUGAAGCCAUGAAAAGUGAUAUUGAUGAAGUGGCUCUGCAAGGCAUAGAGUUCUGGUCAAGUGUCUGUGAUGAAGAAAUGGAGCUGGCUAUAGAAGCUUCAGAGUCUGCCUGGGAACAAGGACGGCCUCCAGAGCAUACCAGUAAAUUCUAUGCCAAGGGUGCUCUCCAGUAUCUAGUCCCAAUUCUGACACAAACAUUGACAAAACAGUAUGAGAGUGAUGAUGAUGACUGGAACCCCUGUAAAGCAGCUGGAGUCUGCCUGAUGCUUCUGGCAACCUGUUGUGAAGAUGACAUUGUCCCACAUGUUUUGCNACCUCAAGACUGGAUUACCUCGAGGACUACCUGUACAUUUGGAACAACCGCAUGGACUGUGGGUCGGAUUUGCGAGCUGCUACCUGAAGCAGCCAUAAAUGAUAUUUACCUCGCUCCAUUGCUGCAGUGUCUAAUUGAAGGCUUGAGUGCAGAGCCAAGAGUGGCCUCCAAUGUCUGCUGGGCUUUCUCUAGUUUGGCAGAAGCUGCUUAUGAAGCUGCUGAUGUGGCUGAUGACCAAGAGCCUGCAACCUACUGCUUAUCCUCAUCCUUUGAAUUAAUUGUUCAGAAACUUUUAGAGACCACAGACAGGUAACUUAGUCAUUCUUUAUCCAUUUGACUGCUGACCAGUGAGCUUCACGAUA